AACACCUGAACCUGCUGAUAAGAUUCGAGAUUUAAUUUUCAACUCCGUUAUGUGGGCCAUGGGCCAUUAAAAUAUAGAAAUUUUCUUCAUUAUUAUGUUAUGAGUUGGUUAAAUUAUGUAUUUUCCAUUAGGAUGGCCCAAGGUAUUGAGACUAGACCCAGACAUAGUAUCUCUGAAAGAGAUAUGUUGCAACCGAGAGCGGAUUCUAUUCGCUGUUUUGACCGAUAACGCUAUAAGUAUUUGGUAUUGCAGAUACCAUGUACCUCUGGUCUCUUAUAUACGAACUCAAGAUUCCAUCGAAGAUCUAGGAACGAACGAUAAAUUAGAAUGGCGGUCCGAUUCCAGCAUGAUUGUCGUGUCUACCACUGGUGGAUGUUUGAUGUUUUUUAAACUCGGCACCGAUGAUAGUGUGAAAACCUUGUACGAAUUGGCCGACUCAGCAACACUUAGUUUACAGAGAGAUAACGAUGAUUUAUUUAUUAAAGAACGUAUCCCUGCUAUUCACUUGGUUCUGGAAAGAGAAGUAAACGUCGGAGGUGGCAUCGUUACGAUGGUUUGUAUAAGGGACGAGCUCAUGAUAUCAACGGUACGAAAUCACGUACUUAGGUAUCGUUGGGAUGGUACUCUGAAUCGAGAUUAUUGCUUGGAUCUGGGACGAAUACCGUUUUGUAUCGAUAGGCAGGUUUUCAAAGCGGUACCGAUCUUCGAACAAAAUAAAUACAUAACGAAAAUGGAUUAUUCGCCGUUGGCUGGAGGAUUUGCAAUAGUUUUCAACGAUGGUAGAGCAGCUGUUUUGACAGCAUCCACUCUGAAAUUCGAUCCUAAUCAAGUACAAGGUAUCUGGGCGCCUAACAUCGAAGAUGCAUCGUGUUGCUCGACUAACCACAGAUAUCGAUUGAUAGCAUUUGGUCGUAAAAAUUCCGAAGCAAUCGUUUACACAAUCGACGAGCAAACCGGCGGACUGGAAAUUUCACAUACGUUGGUUGUUUCUAGCCACGUGUACCCUGGCGAAGUAGGCCCUGUCGAAUGCAUGGAAUGGUCGCCCGAUGGUCGUGCCUUGGCUUUAUCCUGGAGCACUGGUGGAUUUUCAAUAUGGAGUACUUUCGGAGCGUUGUUAGUAUGUAGUUUAGGAUGGAAUUACGGAUUACACGUGGAUUUAUCUAAGAAUAAUCCACUUUUAAUUACGUCCAUGGAAUGGUCUACCGAAGGCUAUUACUUAUGGAUGAUUAACAAACCUACUUCAACUGAAGUAACCUCAGUUGCUCAAGAGUCAAUUAUUCAGUACGAAUUCUUGAAAAGUGCCUUAACAGCUAAUCCUUGCAUGAGCCACCAAACACAUUUAUUCUUGCAAGGUGCUGAUAAAUUAUACGUCAACUUGGGAUCAGGAGGAUUAACUAAAGUAUACCAGAUGUCUAAACCUUCGGAUUCGAGUAGAGAUCGUGUUACUGUUACCAGUACUUUAGUUGAAAGUAAACAGUGGGUAAUAAUACCUGUGCCAGCUACUUAUUUAUCGACCACUUGGCCCGUUCGUUAUGCCGCUAUAGAUAACGAUGGUAAAUUUAUAGCUGUUGCUGGAAGAUUCGGUUUAGCUCAUUAUUCAAUGAUUACCCACAAAUGGAAUAUAUUUAGAAAUGAAACGCAAGAAAAAGAUAUGGUUGUUUCCGGCGGUCUUCUGUGGUGGAGAUCCUGUAUCAUCGCUGGAUGCUACAGUGAACCCGAUGAUCAAGAUCAAAUUCGAAUUUAUCCCAGAGAACCUCAACUUUCAAAUAGGUAUAUGACAGCUGUGGUCUUGAGCAGUCAGAUUUUUCUGAUUGAUUCUUUAUGGGAUAAAUUAAUCGUAUAUUGCGCCGAUGGUAAAUUAUCCAUGUACAGUAUGAGUGUUCUAGAAACACAUUCCUCCGGUAACGUGGUCGUCGAUAUCGAAUGUAUUCAAAUGAUCGAUAUUUCGACGCUGCAUAUCCAUCCAGCUUGUGUCAUUUCAGUGACUUUGACCGCUUUAAAAUCAGAUCCUAGACAUUCCGAACAAAUAAGAAAUAAUAGUUUUAUAUUGAACGUUAGCGGGCGUCUAUUUUUAGUGAAUCAACAAGACGAAAUAUCCGAAAACAAUCACGUCAUUCCAGCGCCUAUUUUAUUAGCUUCGUGCGUUGAAAACGUUUGGGUUCCUAGUAAAUCGCGUAAAGAGAAACCUCAUCUUACUGAAGCUCUGUGGUUAUUCUGUGGAUCACACGGAAUGAAAGUUUGGUUGCCAUUGUUUCCAAAAGAUGGAAAUAAUUCUCAUACUUACAUGUCAAAAAGAAUCAUGUUGCCAUUUAAAUUGAAGAUUUAUCCUUUAGCCAUUUUAUUCGAAGAUGCUAUAUUACUGGGAGCUGAAAAUGAUACCACGUUGUAUUCUUCGGAUCCCAAUUCGAUAUUUUCCCUUCCAUUCAACAUAUUAGAAAGAACGAGCCAAGUGUAUUUGCAUCAAGUACUUAGACAACUAAUUAGACGUAACUUGGGAUUCCAUGCUUGGGAAGUGGCCAGAUGCUGUGAAAAUUUGCCAUAUUUUCCUCACUCGUUAGAGUUACUUUUACACGAGGUAUUGGAAGAAGAAGCCACGAGUAAAGAACCGAUUCCAGACGCUCAGUUACCAAGUGUUAUUGAAUUUAUUCAAGAAUUCCCCGUGUAUUUGAAAACAGUUGUGCAAUGUGCCAGAAAAACCGAAAUCGCAUUAUGGCCAUAUUUAUUUUCAGCUGCUGGAAAACCGAAAGAUUUAUUCCAAGAAUGUUUAACCAAAGGACACUUGGAGACGGCGUCUUCGUAUUUAAUUAUUUUACAAAAUUUGGAAUCUUCGUCGGUCAGUAGACAGUACGCUGCGUUAUUAUUGGACGCGACGCUAGAGAACGAGAAAUGGGAACUUUCUAAAGAUCUAGUUCGAUUUUUCCGCGCUAUUGAUCCCAAUGACACAGAUAAUCGUACCAAUGCACCUGGAAAGCUCAACUGUAGCACUCAAACUCCAACAGUGCAGCCGAACGAAGAAGAUUUAUCGUAUUUAUUGAGCUCUGUGCAGGUCACUCGAGGUCGUAGUUUUAGCACAGCAACGCAACCUAAAGUUGAAUCAGUUGGUACUAAAUCGGUCACCGGUCAUUCUAGUUCGAGUAGUCGAAGUCAAAGUAGAAAAAAAUCAGCUCCUUCGUUUUCCAAACCGGAUAAAAAUCAAGAGUCGAAUACUCCUCGAGAAGAAUUCUUCCUCGAUGUUAUACUUCAGAGACACGCCAGAAGAUUGCUCACGUCGAAUCGUCUCAAAGCAUUGGGAUAUUUCGCAGCUCAUUUAGAUUUCAGGCUGGUCGAAUGGUUGCAUCGAGAACGCGAAUCGGCUGCUCGAGUUGAUAAUUUCAUAACCGCGCUGAAAGACUUGCAUUCCGAUUUUUCGUGGCCAUAUCCCGUCAUUUCGCAGCCGUUGAAUAAUUUCUCCCACAGGAAGAUGUCGUCGUCUAUCUCCGGUGGACCUUCUUUAUUGUUCGAAAAACCGCAAACGUUUUCCGUUACCCAGAGUAAUGAUUUGAACAGCGCAGUGGGUGAUAGCGGUUAUAUGAGUUGUCAAGAUCAUUUACCACCUCGAACUCAAGACGUAGGCUUACAAAUUCAACCCCACGUUUUCGAUGUUCGUAGUGUUAUCAGUGAAGGAGACGAAGCGGCUUGGUGGGCAGAAGAAGAACAUUGUUCGACGGAUAGUUGGAGUGAAAUACCUUGCGUUCACUUAUUGGAGAAAUUUUCGUCGGAAUCUCCUCGAGGGUCAAAUAAGGCUGAUGUGCAAUUAAGGUAUUUAUUACAGAUUUUCAUGGAAGCCGGAUGUCUAGACUGGUGCUUAUUGAUGUCUGUAUUGCUUCGCGACGUGCUCGCCAUUCAUCGAGUGAGUAACGCUGCUCGAUCGCCUGAUCAAAGUCACGAAGCAGUGGUCCGACUAAGAGAAGGAUUUUUAGCGUUGUUCAAUUGGAGUAACGCGGAAUGCAACGGGUACCAGCCGUUAAUGGUGGCGUGUCAAUCUCAAGUAUCCGUAUUGAACAAAUUACUAGCUACUAAACAACGUAAUGUGACGCCGCCUCCCCUGCCCAGUCCUGCGGUCAGAUCGCGAACACUUAGUUCGAGUUUCGAAUCAAACAAUCAUCAACAUACGCUUACCAAUCAAGUAUCCAAUACCUCGGUUCAUGGACCAUCUUCGGAAAUUUCUUCGUCAUUAGACGAAGUGAAUUAUUCUUCGUUGAACGAUAGUAAAACUAACGACGAUAACGUCUCCAUUGCUAGUCAAAAAUCAACAUCUUCUUGCAUUAUUAAUUGAAAAUUACAAUUUUUUUUUUCGUUGUGAAAAUUCUUCGAUGUAGCAAAUUUUUAUUCCUGAUUCGUUAUUUGUAUAAAUUAUUGUUUGUUGUGCUGAAAUUUGCACCGGUUCUUCGAACGAGGUGAAUUUCAAAAAAUAUCGAAUUGUUACGCGUAGAAUAUUCUACGUGUGUUUUUUUGUAUGUAUGUACUAUGUUUUAUGUUAUAGAGUAAUGUUAUUAAUAUCGUCGUUAUAUUAUUUAUUAACCCGUGUCGUACGCAUUUGCGUAUUUAAUGUAAGUGUUAUGUCAUUUACGAUGAUUUCUUUGAGUUUUGUGUCAUUGACGUGUUAUCUGUUUUCUAGAAAAUUUUUGAAUUUAAAGAAAUUUGGAUCUGUGUCAGGUACCUACCUAUUUUGUUUCAGUCAAAUUUCAGAUAGUUGAUUUGUUGCGUUUUGCUAUGUACCAUCAUCAUUAUCAACGCCAUAUUUUGUAUUCAUGAGAAAAGUUUAAAUAAGUGUGUAAUUACUUUAUGUAAGUUUUGUUGAAAUAAUUUAUUUUUAAUUGAUAUCAUGUUGUUUUGCAUUUAAUUAAUGGCGGUGUACUGUACGGAAUAAGCUCAGCGUUAAUUAAUGAAUUACCUACCUAUUACGUAUUAGAAUGUUUUGUACUGUAACACUUAAGAUAUUUUUACACGUGAAUAGUUAUUGUUCUUUUUUUAAAUAUAUAUUUUAUUAAUCGUU